CCACGUGUCUUUCCCUUUCCUAGCCCAGGUACUUUUAACAUUGCCACUCAACACCUCUCUCGAAAUUCUCCAGAUAAUAAUCAUAUUCAAGAAUUCAUAUGGGCCGGUAAAUAUAUAUCUUGUAUUUACUUGCCAACAUCCCUAAAAGCCAGAGGAAGCGGUAGAGGCUGGAGGGGACUGAAGUGAGAUAAAGAAGAGGAGAAGGAUGGUGGGUAAGGCGAAGAAGGAUCAAAUACCAAGAGGGUGCUUGGCAGUGAAAGUAGGGCAGACACCACAGGAACAAGAGAGAUUUGUGGUGCCAGUGGUGUACUUCAACCACCCUUUGUUCAUGCAGCUGUUAAAGGAGGCUGAAAAAGAAUAUGGAUUUCAUCACAAGGGUCCGAUCACCAUUCCUUGUAAAAUUCAACAGUUUCGAAACGUUAAGGGGAUUAUCGACCGCGAGCUCCACCACCACCACAGCCAUGUGGUCGGCUGUUUUAGGGUGGGAAAGAUGUAGUUACAUUAGAUUUUAGGACUAAUUCCUCAUGUCUUUUAGGUUUUUGCUUUUAAGUUUUGAUGAGAAUCGGUUGAGGUAUUGAAUGUUUCUUCUCGAUGAUGAUGAAAAAUGUAGGAUGUGAUGAAAUAUCUGGUUGGAAUCUGGAAUUAAUGACAAAGGAUCACAUUUUAUGAGGUGCA